CUACUAGCAAACACGUGGGCUCCGCACGAGCAUAGCAAGUCCCUCUUCCCACUCUCUCUCCCUUGCCCACCAACGUCUCUACGAACCCCACGGCCCCAAAUUUCUCUCUCUCGCUCUCUACAAAUUUUUUAGGGUUUUCAAUCUUUGCAUUUCAUCACCCUAGAUAGGGUUUCAGAGAUAAACAAGCACAUAUUUCUUUUAAUGGCUUUCUUCAGAGGUGUCUCUUCGCUUUCAAAGCUUCGUUCUCGCAUUGUGCAGCAAUCUAGUCUUAAUGGUUCUGUUCGGUGGCUUCAGAUGCAAAGUGCUUCUGACGUUGAUCUUCAUCUGCAGUUAAAGGAACUUAUCCCUGAGCAGCAGGAGCGCCUAAAGAAACUGAAAUCAGUGCAUGGGAAGGUUCAUCUUGGGAACAUCACAGUGGACAUGGUGAUUGGUGGAAUGAGAGGAAUGACAGGAUUGCUAUGGGAAACAUCGUUGCUUGAUCCAGAUGAGGGAAUUCGUUUUAGGGGUCUCUCCAUUCCGGAAUGUCAGAAGGUGCUUCCUGCUGCAACACCCGGGGGUGAGCCAUUGCCUGAGGGCCUGCUAUGGCUCCUUUUGACUGGGAAGGUACCAAGUAAGGAGCAGGUUGAUGCUUUGUCCAAAGACUUGCGAAGUCGUGCCAAGAUUCCAGAUCAUGUUUAUAAAGCCAUUACCUCCCUUCCUGAAACAGCACAUCCGAUGACUCAGUUUGCAACUGGAGUAAUGGCACUUCAGGUGCAAAGUGAAUUUCAAAAGGCAUAUGAGAAAGGAAUAUCAAAAUCUCGGUUUUGGGAGCCAACAUAUGAGGAUGCACUAAAUUUGAUUGCACAAGUAUCAGUUGUUGCCUCUUUCAUUUAUCGAAGGAUGUACAAGAAUGGAGAAAUCAUUCCUGCAGAUGAUGGCCUGGACUAUGGAGCAAAUUUUUCGCACAUGCUUGGGUUUGAUAGUCCUAAAAUGCAUGAGUUGAUGCGAUUAUAUGUUACCAUCCACACUGACCAUGAAGGUGGAAAUGUCAGUGCUCACACUGCUCAUUUGGUGGGUAGUGCCCUUUCAGAUCCUUACCUUUCAUUUGCUGCUGCUUUGAAUGGUUUAGCUGGGCCACUUCAUGGCUUGGCUAAUCAGGAAGUUUUGCUGUGGAUCAAGUCAGUGGUGGAGCAGUGUGGGGAAAACAUAACAAAGGAACAGUUAAAAGACUAUGUGUGGACAACAUUGAACAGUGGCAAGGUUGUUCCUGGUUUUGGGCAUGGAGUUCUUCGGAAGACAGAUCCAAGAUACACAUGUCAAAGGGAGUUUGCUUUGAAGCAUUUGCCUGAUGAUCCCCUUUUCCAGCUGGUUUCGAAGCUUUAUGAAGUUGUUCCUCCUAUACUCACUGAGCUGGGGAAGGUCAAGAACCCAUGGCCCAAUGUUGAUGCUCACAGUGGAGUACUGCUUAACCAUUUUGGACUGACUGAAGCCAGGUAUUACACUGUUCUUUUUGGAGUCUCAAGAAGCAUGGGAAUCUGUUCACAGUUGAUAUGGGAUCGGGCUCUUGGAUUUCCUCUUGAGAGGCCAAAAAGUGUGACAAUGGAGUGGCUCGAGAAUUUCUGCAAGAAAGCAGCAUCCUAAGGUUUUGUGGUUGUUACAAUCUAAUGAUAGUACGAUGCGUUGGAGCCAUUCCCCCCCCCCCCCCCUCAGUAAUUGAAGAGAAGAAAUAAAGAGGUUCCUUUAAGUAGUGUAUUGCAGAAAUGUGCACUUGAUUUUUUGUCUUUAUGAUUGUAAUUUUGAAGUUUGUGUUUCUGUAUUAAACUCAGAGAAAGCUAGAUUUACUUUCUCUCUCUCAUAGACACACUGAAGUUCAUUUUACUCUUAGUUAUUUUGGAUAUUUGUGAAAUCUCUUCAUCUCCAUUUGUUGAAUUAUGAUUUAUAAGUUGGAGCCA